CUAUAGUUGGGCGAUGCAAAUAAAAAAAAAAAAAAAAAAAAAAAAAGCAAGGGGUUCAAGAGCUUUCGAGUACCAAAAGGUAAAAUGGUGAUCAGCUCAAAAAUCUCCUAUGGACGAGAGCCCAGGAGUACACAAAACAGCUGUUUCCACUCGUGGGCCCCCGAAGGGAAGAAUGGUGGAGCAGACAAGCAACUACAAGCCCCAGCAUGCAGUGCACAAUUCAACUGCUGGAAGAGGCCCGCGGUGUAGGGCAGUACUUUCUGGGCUCAGAACCAAGGCCGACCAAAAUGCUCAGAAUAAGAGGAUGGCGGGGCGCUGUGAUUGAGUCCUUAGUUCUCGUAUCCAUGACGCCAGCCGAUUAUUGGGAUCCCUGGCCUGCUAGGGAGUGGGAUUUCUGGGAGCCUCCCCCUCCCUCCCUGGCUGCCCUCCCUGGCCGGAGUUGGGCCUGCACUCUCGGCUCCCCACCUACGUUGACAUAGAAUGCCCGGAGCCGGACGUGACGCCGCGGUGGAGAAGGGAGAGGUGGAGCAUGGCGCGGUGACGUCCUCUCAAGAUGGCGGAGAGAGAGUGAAGAAACUGUACCCCCUUGGUUGUUAUAGAAUACGGGUAAAAUUCUAUUCUGAUAUAAAAAUGCAGUAUUCCCACCACUGUGAGCACCUUUUAGAGAGACUGAACAAACAACGUGAAGCAGGUUUUCUUUGUGACUGCACCAUAGUGAUUGGAGAAUUCCAGUUUAAAGCUCACAGGAAUGUACUUGCCUCAUUUAGUGAGUAUUUUGGUGCGAUCUACAGAAACACUUCUGAGAACAAUGUCUUUCUUGAUCAAAGUCAGGUGAAGGCUGAAGGAUUUCAGAAACUGUUGGAGUUUAUAUACACAGGAACCUUAAACCUUGACAGUUGGAAUGUUAAAGAAAUUCAUCAGGCUGCUGACUAUCUUAAAGUGGAAGAGGUGGUCACUAAAUGUAAAAUAAAGAUGGAAGAUUUUGCUUUUAUUGCUAGUCCCUCUUCUACAGAGAUAUCUAGUAUUACUGGAAACAUUGAAUUGAAUCAACAGACUUGUCUCCUUACUCUACGAGAUUACAACAAUCGGGAAAAAUCAGAAGUUUCUACAGAUUUAAUUCAGGCAAAUCCUAAACAAGGAGCUUUCGCAAAGAAGUCGUCUCAAACAAAAAAGAAGAAGAAGGCUUUCAACUCCCAGAAAACUGGGCAGAAUAAAACAGUGCAAUAUCCCAGUGACAUUUUAGAGAAUGCAUCUGUUGAAUUAUUCCUAGAUGCAAAUAAAUUAUCUACACCCAGAACAGAACAAGUUGCACCAAGAAAUGAUAAUUCAGAACUUGAAUUGACAUCAGUUGUAGAAAAUACUUUUCCAGCACAAGAUAUUGUGCAAACUGUCACAACAAAACGGAAACGGGGAAAAUCACAGCCAAAUUGUGCUCUGAAAGAACACUCGAUGUCUAAUAUAGCCAGUGUGAAGAAUCCUUAUGAGCUAGAGAGCUCUGGGGAAGAACUGGAUCAGAGGUAUUCCAAGGCCAAGCCAAUGUGUAACACAUGUGGGAAAGUGUUUUCAGAAGCUAGCAGCUUGAGAAGGCACAUGAGAAUACAUAAAGGAGUCAAACCUUAUGUCUGCCACUUGUGUGGAAAGGCAUUUACUCAAUGUAACCAGUUGAAAACACAUGUAAGAACUCAUACAGGUGAGAAGCCAUACAAAUGUGAAUUAUGUGAUAAAGGAUUUGCUCAGAAAUGCCAGCUAGUCUUCCAUAGUCGCAUGCAUCAUGGUGAGGAAAAACCCUAUAAAUGUGAUGUAUGCAAUUUACAAUUUGCAACUUCUAGCAAUCUCAAGAUUCAUGCAAGGAAGCAUAGUGGAGAGAAGCCAUAUGUCUGUGAUAGAUGUGGACAGAGGUUUGCCCAAGCCAGCACACUGACCUAUCAUGUUCGUAGGCAUACUGGAGAAAAGCCUUAUGUGUGUGAUACCUGUGGGAAGGCAUUUGCUGUCUCUAGUUCUCUUAUCACUCAUUCUCGAAAACACACAGGUGAAAAACCAUACAUAUGUGGUAUUUGUGGGAAAAGUUUUAUUUCCUCAGGAGAGCUCAGCAAACACUUUCGAUCCCAUACAGGAGAAAGACCAUUUAUCUGUGAAUUAUGUGGAAAUUCGUACACAGAUAUUAAAAAUUUAAAAAAGCACAAAACGAAAGUCCAUUCUGGUGCAGAUAAAAUUCUAGAUUCUAGUGUAGAGGAUCAUACUCUGAGUGAACAAGAGUCCAUACAGAAAAGUCCUUUAUCAGAAACUAUGGAUGUGAAACCUUCUGAUAUGACUUUACCACUAGCUCUUCCACUUGGAACUGAGGACCACCACAUGCUUCUGCCUGUGACAGAGAAUCAGUCUCCUACAUCAGAUACAUUGUUAAGGUCAUCUGUGAAUGGGUAUUCAGAUCCACAGCUGAUUUUUUUACAACAGUUAUACUGACUUUGUGAGGAAUAUGAAAUUGUUAAGUCAUCUCUGAUAGUAAACGUAAAACAUCUCUGGUAAGGUGAAUAUAUUCAUAUUAAAUUACCAUUCAUUUGA